GUCCAACGUUAGUGUCCUCUGCGAGUGGUGUUAAUGCUUAGGAAGUUGGAUUAAUGGCAGGGGACGAGGACCCUUAAGCACUACGUGUCACUCGUCCAUUGGCCAGUACCUCAGCCCUUGGGCCAUGCAACACUUGGACGUAUCCUUUGAAUUGUUUGGAAUCCCCACAAGCUCGAGCAAAGAGAGCUAACACGUGUCUCUCCGCAUUGUUGUUCUUCCCUUCCUCCUCUUCUUCCUUCUCAAAGCUUAAGCCACUUUCCUGAGCCCUACCCACUAUAAAACCCCACGCACUCCCUCUUCCCCUCUCUUGUAGGAGGAGAGAUCUCAACACACAGAAGAGGUGGGAGACACAUGGCCACUGCUUACUACCAUCACAAUGGCCCUCACUGCGACUCUUCUUACUCCCCAUCCCCUCCCUUGCCGCUCCACCUCUGUCUCUUCCUCCUCACCCUCUUCAUCUUCGUGGGCCUCUCGUGGUACAUGGCCUACGAGUCGGUGUUCGAGAGCCUGCUGGAUCAGCUCAAGCUCUUGCUCAUGGCGUCACCGCUGCUGCUCCUCCUGGUCGUCCACUGGUUGUCCAACGACGAGCGGCGGAGGGUGCCCUUCUUCAUCCCCCUGCCCGAGAGGGAGUCCUUCCACCGGGCCGGGGGAUCGCCUUGGGGCGUCGGCCUCCUUGUCGUCCUCCUCAUGUUCAUGAUCUCCUACCAGUCCUACUUCCACGAGCGCUGGUUCCCGCUACUGAGCCGAUGAGGCUGAUGUCGGAAACAUGAACAAGCUGUUUUCUAGCUCUUAUGUACUUGGAUAUGUAUGUCGUUGGAGAUGUAGGCCUUGCAUGCAUAAGAAGGCACUGUUCUUGCCCUCUUGAGGGCUUUCUGUUUUCUCGAAUGCUUGAGGUCGAGGAGGAUCGUCUAAAAACCUUGUUUUUCUGUGUC